AUGGAACACGAACGAGAAAAAUCAAUAAAAUUGACGAAAUAUACUAUAACAACACCAAUUUGGCAUUAUCUCAAAAUAAAGAUAAAUUUCGAUCCAUCAACUAUACCAUUUCCCCCAAUUUCUCCACUUUCUUUAAGGACUUUAUUCAAUCAUGCAUUAACGGAUUCAUUCGGAAUUAUUGGUUCGGGAAUUCAUAUAGAUAUCUUAGAUUGGAAUGGUGAAAUAGAAAAUUCUAAUUAUGCUGGUGUAAUUAGGGUACCGAAAGAGAACAUGACAACAUUAUGGAGUGCUCUUACUUUGUUCAGUGCAACGUUAGACAUUGCAACUGGCACUUCCGUUUCCACAUUCGACGCAAAUCUUGAAGAAAAUAACAUUAAUCUAAAAGAAAUUAGUUUCCAAGUUCUUGGCAAUUCUCCUUAUUUGAUGGGAUUAAUUAAUGAUAGUCGUGAUUGGACCAAACAACUUUUAAUGAUUUAG